AUGCGGUGGCGGCUGCCUGGCGCCCGUUCGACCCUCCCCGCCAGCGUCGCCCUUCUUCUCCUCCCCGUUCUUGUCGCUCCGCAGCAGCUACAGGGACGCCAGAAUGACCGGGACCUACCGUCGACCGUCUCCGUACCUCUUGGUCCAACCGUCCAUCACGGCCACCACCCCCGAAGCGAUCCCCUACACGUGAAAUCCAACGAUGCGAGCGCCCUAGCAACUCUGGCUCUGGCGGGCUCCGGCCGCGCCGUUCGAGCCCCUCCUGCCCAGGCCAGCGGCCCCUCUGCCGGCCUGGCUCCGCAGCUUCAUGCGCGGUCCCUGCAGGAUUGGGAGGUUGAGGACUUUGUUCUGCUGGCGACCGUCGACGGCUCCAUUCACGCUCGUGAUCGCAAGACCGGGGCCGCCCGCUGGGCCCUCGAGGUGCCCAGUAGCCCCACCGUCGAGAGCAUCUAUCACCGAGCAAAUCGCUCCAGUUUCGAUCGCACCCAGCCCGAAGAUGACUUUAUCUGGAUUGUGGAGCCAAACCAGGGCGGGAGCCUCUACAUCUACAGCCCUGGCCCUGACGCCGGUCUGCAGAAGUUGGGCUUGACCGUCAAAGAAUUGGUCGACGAAACCCCGUACUCUGGAACGGAUCCCGCCGUCACCUAUACCGCACGCAAGGAAACCACCCUCUACACCAUCGAUGCCCGCACCGGAACCAUCCUGCGCGUGUUCAGCUCCCGCGGCCCCAUGCCCUCCGGUCAAGAAUGUCGGAAAGUGGACGGAUUGGAUGUGGACGCGGAGGACUGUGACUCGCCGUCGGGGACCUUGGUCCUGGGGCGGAUCGAAUAUGCAGUCGCCAUUCAAAACACCGAAACGGGGGACCCCAUCUGCACGUUGAAAUACUCCGAGUGGACCGCCAACAACCGGGACAUGGAUCUUCAGAGCCAGUACUUCCGCACGAUGGACCAGAGCCACAUCUACAGCAUGCAUGAUGGCGUCGUGCUGGGGUUCGAUCAUUCCCGCAUGGAACGUCCGCGCUACACCCAACGAUUCGCUACCCCCGUCGUCCGUGUCUUCGAUGUCGCUCGUCCUGUCAAUGUCGAUUCCCCGGACGCUCCCACGCCGCUGGUCCUCCUCUCGCAACCUUCGCAGCCCCCCGAUCCCGAUUAUGGUUCCCUCGACGAUCGCGAUGCGCGCGUCUUCAUUGAUGCCACCAACGCCGGUGGCUGGUUCGCCAUGUCCGAAGAGACCUACCCCCUCGUCACUGGUCGGGCGAAGAUGGCGCAAUGCUAUGAGAAGGAUUACUUUCGGGAUGGACAGCCGCUGAUGAGCCUGACCCCCAGUCAGCAACGGGACGCGUUGGCGGGCGUCCAUUCGCUGAAUGGGCCGCGCGUCAUUCGUCGCCCUAUCCCCAGCAUCUCCGGCUCUUCGUCCGUGGACCUGUCCAACGACACCCCUCGCGACUUGAUGAGAAGUCCGUCCGAACUGGCCCUCCCGCCCGCUCUUCGACACAGCACCAUCAUCCGAAAAGGCUGGGACAAUGCAGUGGACAUUUUCGUCACCCUGCUCCUGUUGUUUUUUGGCACGUUUAUCUAUUUCAAUUCCCAUAAUAUCCAGGAGCUGGCGAAGCAGAAGUUGGAUAUCAAAAAUAUCAUUUCAGCCUAUGGGCAACCGCCCUUGUCCACCCCCUCGACUCCCGUGAUCGACGGGCCCCAGCUCCAGCGGGAGAAGAGUCCCGCCCGCCCGGUUACGAAUGUCACCGUGGACAUGGACCUGGCGGAGGGGCCCGCGGGAGAUGUCACGCCGAAACCGAAGAAAGCCCGCAACGCGCCGGCCCCCGACGCCACCCCGCGCGUCCGUAUCCGCGAACCCUCUCGCGGGCCCGACGGGGACGAGGACGUGGAUGAUCUGGCGUUGGACGGGGCAGACGACACUGAAAAGCCCAAGAAGAAAGCCCGACGUGGCCGUCGCGGAGGCAAAGCCCAUAAACGUGGCAAGAAGCCCGGCACGGAGGGGGAAAACAAGGAACAGGCAGAUCGGGUGGUGAACGAACUGAGCAAUCUCCGACCGCCGUCUCGGUUGGAGACAGAUGUUCAGUUAUCCCGAACAGUCUCCAACGAGAUCAUCGAGAUGGAUGGGCUCGUCCAGAUCGGCCGGCUCAAGGUGAACACCGACAUUGUGCUCGGCCAUGGAAGUCAUGGCACUGUCGUCUAUCGAGGGGCGUUUGACGGACGAGACGUGGCAGUGAAACGUAUGUUGGUGGAAUUUUACGACAUUGCCUCGCACGAAGUCGGCCUCUUGCAGGAAAGUGAUGACCACAACAACGUGAUCCGGUAUUACUGCCGUGAGCAGGCAGCUGGGUUCCUGUACAUCGCCCUGGAACUGUGUCCAGCAUCCUUGCAGGACGUUGUGGAGCGACCGUUCGACUUCCCCCAACUCGUGGAAGGCGGCCUCGACAUGCCCGAUGUCCUACGCCAGAUCGUCUGCGGUGUUCGCUAUCUGCACUCCUUGAAAAUCGUCCAUCGCGAUCUCAAGCCUCAAAACAUCCUGGUCGCCAUGCCCCGCGGACGCAGUGGCAGCAAGGCUUUACGCCUGCUCAUCUCCGACUUUGGCCUCUGUAAGAAGCUGGAGGAUAACCAGAGCUCGUUCCGCGCGACGACAGCGCACGCUGCGGGUACCUCCGGCUGGCGGGCCCCGGAAUUGCUUGUGGAUGAUGAUAAGAGCCCGGCCAUCCAGAGCGUGGAAUCUCAGCACACCGAGUCCUCGGAGCCCGCCGUGGUUGAUCCGCAAACCAACCGUCGUGCGACCCGGGCGAUUGACAUUUUCUCUUUGGGCUGCGUGUUCUACUACGUUUUGACACGGGGCAGCCAUCCGUUCGAUAAAGAUGGCAAGUUUAUGCGGGAGGCCAACAUCGUCAAAGGGAACUACAACCUGGACGAAUUGGACCGGUUGGGUGAAUACGCUUUUGAGGCGCAUGACCUGAUCCGCUCGAUGCUAUCAUUAGAUCCCCGCCAGCGUCCGGAUGCCAGCGCGGUCUUGACGCACCCGUUCUUCUGGUCGGUGUCAGAUCGUCUCGCCUUCCUGUGUGACGUGUCCGACCACUUUGAAUUUGAGCCGCGGGAUCCGCCGUCAGACGCCCUGUUGCUUCUGGAAUCGGUGGCCCGGCGAGUGAUGGGCCCCGAGAUGGACUUUUUGCGCCAGCUGCCGGCCGCUUUCAAGGACAAUCUCGGCAAACAGCGCAAGUACACGGGGUCGAAGAUGCUGGAUCUGCUCCGGGCGCUACGGAACAAGCGCAACCACUACAACGACAUGCCGGAGCAUCUCAAGGCGCAUAUUGGCGGGUAUCCGGAAGGGUACUUGAAUUUCUGGACUGUGAAGUUCCCCAGUCUGCUCAUGAGCUGCCACUGGGUGAUUGUGGAGCUGGGAUUGACGCGGAUUGAUCGGUUCAAGCGGUACUUUACCGUGCCGGAGUAG